CGCAGACAAUUUCGAACGCUCAGCAUCCAAUUGAGUUCAACUUGCUAUUUUAGUUUACACUCGCAUCCCGACACGUCGAUUACUCGACAAUUUCGCGCCGUGUUUUUCAUUGAGUUUCCUAAAUAUCAAAUCACAAAACUACUCGAGAGAAAAUAGCCAUACAAAAACAAACAAAAGUAAACUAAGUAGUUCUUUUGGCUGAACUAAACACCGAAGCGACGAGCCAUACUCGCCCUCUACGCUUUUUUCGCCGCCAGCCGCUAGCCGCCAACCGCCAACCGUCAGCCAGUUUAUGGGCGCUCGCCCACAUUUAAACGAAUCUUUGAAAAUUGUUGUUAUUGUAUAUUCCUUUGGCUGCGAUUUGUUGGUUGUUGUUGAAAUUGAAAAUUUUCUUAAUUAAAAAUAGAAUUGAAACAUCGUCUUUGUACGAGCACAACUCUUGGCUAGUCUGUGUUCUGUCUUUGAACGCUGUGCACGCGUCUAUCUUUGAUUUCUUGUCGUUGCGUUGGCACAGAGUACGCACGAGAAACGAAAGGCUUGGAAAACAGCUGAGUAAAGUUCCAGUGGAACAGCGACCAUCCGUCGGGUGGAUAUUUGAGGGAAUAUUAAAGGAACAAACCAAGCUAAAAACCAGCAGCCUAAAAUCAGCUAGCGAGGGUUUCAUCACCGACCGAAAGACCGAUCGAUCGUUCGAACGAUCUGCCAUUGGUAUUACAAGUAACAGAACUCCUUAAAAGAGCUCUACAUUCAACGGGGUACAAAGUCGAGGGAGCGCGCAGAAGUGGCGUAACAGCAGCCCUGUGCCGUUAAUUUUUGCUGCUACUUCGCUGUAUUCGAGCAGCUUCAAGACGUCUCACAAAAAGCGCAUAAAAAUGGAGAAGACUCCCCGCUACACGCAACGGGAGCGUAAUAUGGUGCUGGGUUUUGCCGCUCAGUACAAGGACGUCAUCGAGAAUAAGCGUACCGAUGCCGAAUCGAAUCGUAAGAAGGAUGAAGUUUGGCGUCAAAUAGCGAAGGAGUUCAAUGCGCGUGUCUAUCAUCAACGCUCAUCAAAACAAUUACGUCAACUUUAUAAAAAUAUGAAACUACUGCUGAAGAAGGAUCUCUGUGGUGAGGGUAAAGGCAAUCGCACAUUUAUGGAUCUAUUGAAUACGUUGAGCCAACAAGAAUCUGUCGCACAAUACAUAUCAGAACAGAUGUCACCGAACGGCGGCAGCGGCAUUGGCAAUGGUGGCUAUGGUGGUGGUCGUGGGCACAAAUAUGAUGAUGACUAUGAUGACUCAAAGAAUCCCUUCCCCCAACUUGCCGCCCUUGGUUACGAUGGCAUGGAUCCCGAUGUGAUUGUCAUCAAGUCCGAGGACAUCAGCGAUAAUGAACAAUCACAAGCGCCCGAAGAUAUGGAUGAUGAUGAUUGUUUAAGCGCAAAGGAUAUACCGGAAGUUUGUCUGGAGGAGGAAGAUGAUGAAAUAUUCGCUACCGAUUUGCGUCAGUCUACACCGCUAUCAUCAGCGCAUGUAUCACAACGUGGUUCUUACGCAUCGAAUGGGCUGCACGCACAACAGCCGAAUGUUACACAACAACAACAGCAACAACCAGAGGUGACAAUACAAAAUGUUGGCGGCAUACGCGUCGGCAGUAUUGGCAGUUUGGCCAAUCUCAAGGCGUUACAGAACGGUGGCAGUAAUAACUCGGCGUUGAGUAUACCAAACAGUAGCAGCGGCGCCGCUAAUGGCAACAAUAGCAACAGCAACAACAAUGGACUGACCAACAGUAAUGGUCUGAGCGCACAUAAUAGCGGUGGUGGUAGGCAUACGCCCAACUCACGCCAACAACAAGUGAGCGCCGAACAGCAAGCUGCACAACAACUACUAUUAAACGGACUGGGGUUAAGCGCGGUGCAUCCACAAGAGCCGCCAUUGCCACAGCUGCAUCGCGGCACACACGCCGGCAACAACGGAAGCAGCAACAACAGUCUCAUUAACAGCACAAAUCAGCUGCUGCUCAGUCUGAACGCCAACGCCGGUUACGCGGGCAUGCACAAGAGUAGUCAUGGACACAGUCACAGUCAUCAUCAUCUACACAACGGACACGCUCACAGUGGUGGUGGUGGUGGUGGUCACGGUGGCAGUGGUGUCGGCGCACUUGGCGGCCUACAUAAUCACAGUAAUAGCAGUAAUGGCAGCAGCAGCGGCAUUGGCGGCGCACAUAACAUCAAUAGUCGCAGUAAUGACUACCUCAUGUCGCUGGCGAUUAAGGAACGCGAAAAGAAGAUUGAUCUAUUGAAUGCGCAAAUCGACUACUGGAAGACGCUGACUAAGAAGCUGGAUGCGAAUGCUGCGCACAACCCAUCGCCGGCUUGUAUGUGCCACUUUCCCGGCAAAGUGAAUGGUUUGCAAACGCCGACUAGUAGCAGCUAGUCCGAUACGGAUGACGGAGAGGAGGAGGA